CUAACACCAGGCUUCCAACUCCCAGAACUGGGCUACCAACAUGCUAACACUAGGCUACCAACUCCCAACAUGUGGCUACAACAUCCUAAAAUGUGGCUACAACAUCCCAACAUCCCAAUAUGUGGCUACAACAUCCUAAAACGUGGCUACAACAUCCCAAUAUGUGGCUACAACAUCCCAACAUCCCAACAUGUGGCUACAACAUCCUUAAAUGUGGCUACAACAUCCCAACAUCCUAAAAUGUGGCUACAACAUCCCAAUAUGUGGCUACAACAUCCCAACAUCCCAACAUGUGGCUACAAUAUCCUAAAUUGUGGCUACAAUAUCUCAACAUGUGGCUACAACAUCCCAACAUGUGGCUACAACAUCCCAACAUGUGGCUACAAUAUCCUAACAUCCCAACAUGUGGCUACAACAUCCCAACAUGUGGCUACAAUAUCCUAACAUCCCAACAUGUGGCUACAACAUCCCAACAUGUGGCUACAACAUCCCAACAUGUGGCUACAACAUCCCAACAUGUGGCUACAACAUCCCAACAUGUGGCUACAACAUCCCAACAUGUGGCUACAAUAUCCCAACAUGUGGCUACAACAUCCCAACAUGUGGCUACAACAUCCCAACAUGUGGCUACAACAUCCCAACAUGUGGCUACAACAUCCCAACAUGUGGCUACAACAUCCCAACAUGUGGCUACAACAUCCCAACAUGUGGCUACAAUAUCCCAACAUGUGGCUACAACAUCCCAACAUGUGGCUACAAUAUCCCAACAUGUGGCUACAAUAUCCCAACAUGUGGCUACAACAUCCCAACAUGUGGCUACAACAUCCCAACAUGUGGCUACAACAUCCCAACAUGUGGCUACAAUAUCCCAACAUAUGGCUACAAUAUCCCAACAUGUGGCUACAAUAUCCUAAAAUGUGGCUACAACAUCCCAACAUGUGGCUACAAUAUCCCAACAUGUGGCUACAAUAUCCCAAAAUGUGGCUACAAUAUCCCAACAUGUGGCUACAACAUCCCAACAUGUGGCUACAAUAUCCUAAAAUGUGGCUACAACAUCCCAACAUGUGGCUACAAUAUCCCAACAUGUUGCUACAAUAUCCCAAAAUGUGGCUACAACAUCCCAACAUGUGGCUACAAUAUCCCAACAUAUGGCUACAACAUCCCAACAUGUGGCUACAAUAUCCCAACAUGUUGCUACAAUAUCCCAAAAUGUGGCUACAACAUCCCAAAAUGUGGCUACAACAUCCCAACAUGUGGCUACAAUAUCCCAACAUGUGGCUACAAUAUCCCAACAUGUGGCUACAACAUCCUAAAAUGUGGCUACUUAGCUUUGGACACGGACAAAUCUGCGAGCUUCUGUUUCAUUUGCACAUUCAGACAGAUUUCCAGUUACGUCAGCCCAGCCCUGGGCGGACCAAUCACAGCCAUCUAUCUCACACGGGGGCGGGCUUUAAGACGAUGACUGACAGAAGAGCGUCACGCUCAAACGUGGUCACCGAAAUGUAACCAGCGUUCUCCGCUCUCCAAAACGCACCAGGCUCACGAAAACUCAAACUGUCCAACAAGGGGGUGCUGAUUAAAUGUGAAUCAAGAUUCUGUUCCUGUUUCUUAUUUUAGCGGCUGUAUAUGUGUAUGUACAUGUAUAUGUGUAUGUACAUGUAUAUGUGUAA